GUCUCGUCACUUCCGCAAACAUGCGGCUCUGGCUCGUACAUCUUGUCAGGUAAGGUUCAUCGUAUCGCUCGGGGUAUCUGUCUCCGAUGUAUGUCCUCAGGCCUGUGUGUCCGUCGGCAUGGUGCCACUUUGGUUCCGUUUGGCAGUAGGGUCUACCUAAAUUUUCAUCUAGACCGUAAGCACGUCCCCUGCAGAUCUCGUCAGCAUUUCGCCGAUCAAGGCACGGAGCAUGUCAUGGACCGACCUGUCGUCGGCAAGCGUACCGCUCGCAGGCUGCCGUGUAGCCACAUUGUCCGCAUUCUUCACCGUCAAAUUCUUCCUUCUCUUUUCAGUGUGGCUGUUGCGGGAUUUUUAUGCCACAACCUGCGGGACCAUUUGUUGCAGUUCGCCUUUGAAGUUUUUCGGAGUGCACCAAGUUAGGAUUGAUUUCAUGCACUUUUCGCUGCAUGACGCAGCCGCCGCGUUGAUGUUGCUUGAAGCCCGCAUUUUGGCAUGCGGCACUGACGGCAGAAAGCUAAAUCCAGAUAUACACGUUUUACUCCAGGC